AUGGACGAACAUAACAACCACGAUAAAGAAAAGGAUACAAAUAACUCUAUGUCAGAGGAAAGAGAAGAAAUGCAGAUAAAAGGGCCAUGGACCCGGGAGGAAGACGAGAAGCUGCGGGUCCUUGUCAAAGCCUUUGGGCCAAAAAGAUGGACCUAUAUUGCAAAGAAAUUAGGAGGACGAGUGGGAAAACAGUGCAGAGAAAGAUGGCACAACCACCUGGACCCAAACAUUAUAAAAACACCGUUUACAGCAGAAGAGGAUAAUAUUAUACUAUCUCUUCACAGCAAGUACGGGAACAAGUGGUCGGACAUCGCAAAGCAUCUCCCAGGCCGCACAGACAACGCAAUAAAAAACCACUGGAACAGCAGUAUGCAGAAAAAGGUUUUUAAGGACAAAAGAGCGAACAGCGUGUCAGGGGACUUUAUAGCAGCGCACGCUGAGUUCCGAGAGAGCAGGCGCUUUGCACAGGAUGAGCUAUCGCACCCAGAGGGAGGAUGGGUCAGACGAAGAACGUCGUCUGUGUUUAUCCCCCCGCAGGGAAACGACAGCCUGCUGAACGCCCUCGCACAAUCAGCGUAUAACGAACUUUUAAAAACAAAACAGAUGUAUUAUAGUGAAGGAUACACACCUCUGCAGAGGUGGAACAUUCCGCUGCAAACUAUACAGAAUAUAAGCACAGACAAAAAGAAGACAAACUCGUCCGACGAGGAGGACGGGGUGGCAGGACUGGUAUUUCUAGCCUCGGGCGAAAAAUAA